AUGGCACAGGCGGGGGGUUCUUACAAUAAUCCCUUAAAGAAAUUCAAGUUGGUGUUCUUGGGAGAACAAAGCGUUGGGAAAACUUCGCUUAUCACACGAUUUAUGUACGAUUCAUUUGACAAUAUGUACCAAGCGACGAUCGGUAUUGAUUUUCUAUCGAAGACAAUGUACUUGGAGGACAGGACGGUGCGUUUGCAGCUUUGGGACACAGCUGGACAGGAAAGAUUUCGUAGCUUGAUUCCCUCGUACAUUCGAGAUUCAAGUGUAGCAGUUGUCGUAUAUGAUAUUUCUAAUGCGAAAUCGUUUCAAAACACCAGAAAAUGGAUCGAUGACGUGCGUGCGGAAAGAGGUAACGAUGUCAUUAUUGUUCUUGUUGGCAACAAGACGGAUCUGAACGAAAAACGCGAAGUGACUACGCAACAAGGUGAAGACGAAGCGAAUAAAAACAAUCUCAUGUUCAUGGAGACCAGCGCAAAACUUGGCCACAACGUCAAGAACCUUUUUAAAAGAAUAGCGCAAGCAUUGCCUGGUAUGGAAGGCACCGAUGCUGCUGCACAAGCAUCAAGUCAGAUGAUUGAUGUGAAAACGAAUGUUUCUCAGACAUCCCAAGAAGGCUGUUCCUGUUAA